AUGCGCGCCUUGCUCUCCGCAUUCGCGCUGCUAUCGGCGACAGCGCUCGCAGCGCCCGCCGCACCUCAAUGGCGGUUUGAUCUCAAGAACGAGACUACGGGCAUCGUGGCGCUGGAGGCGAUCGUCGUCUCUCCCACUUUGGUUGUGAUGUUCGACCGCGUCGCGAACGACCCGCUCCAAAUCAACGGCCACUCGGCUUGGGGCGCGCUUUGGGACCUCGAAACCAGCUCCGUCCGGGCACUCAACGUCGUCACCAACUCGUUCUGCGCUAGUGGCGCUUUGCUGUCUAAUGGGUCUAUGGUCAGCGUCGGGGGUGAUCCCACCGACGUUCCGACCAAUCCGGUACCGGAUACUGGUAACCUCGGUAUUCGCAUUUUCGAGCCAUGUGCCUCGCCCUCCGGUGAAGGUUGUACCCUGUUCGAAGACCCGCCGACAUUGCAUCUGGCUGCACGCCGAUGGUAUACGUCGUCGGUCCGUAUUUUCGAUGGUAGUCUGAUGAUCGUUGGUGGCACCCACGUCGACGCGGACUUCUAUAAUAUUGACCCCGAGAACACAUUUGAGUUCUUCCCACCGAAGGAUAACGGUGUCCCGAGGCCUUCUGCUUUCCUGGAGCGCAGCUUACCGUCCAACCUCUUCCCGAGGGUGUUUGCGCUGCCUGACGGUCGUGUUUUCAUGGUUGCCAAUAAUCAGACGAUUAUCUACGACAUUGAGAAGAAUACUGAAACCAUUCUACCGGAUAUCCCGAACAACGUUCGCGUCACCAAUCCCAUCGAUGGUUCUGCCAUUCUUCUUCCUCUCUCACCUCCAGACUACACUCCCGAGGUCCUUGUCUGUGGUGGUGUCGCCGUUGACCCCGCCAUUCAGCCAGCCAAUCUCUCAUCCCAAGACAUUGCGACAACACAGUGCAGCCGGAUGGUCGUAACGGAAGAAGGAAUCAAGCAAGGGUGGCAAGUUGAGCAUAUGCUCGAGCCUCGCGUCAUGCCAGAGCUUGUGCAUCUUCCGAACGGUCAGGUUCUCAUCACCAACGGUGGACGUUCUGGCUAUGCAGCGCUCGCUCAGGUCCCCGAUGCCAUUGGAAACUCGAAUGCGGAUCACCCAGUGUUAACCCCCUCACUCUACACUCCUGACCUCCCCUUAGGCCAACGCAUUAGCAACAAGGGGAUGCCAACGACAAACAUCGCCCGGAUGUAUCACUCGAGCGUCACGCUCACGCCCCAGGGCAACUUCCUCAUCGCCGGCAGUAACCCCAACGCCAACUUCGUUCUGCCGGGGCCGGGUAUCAAGUUCCCGAGCGAACUUAGGGUGGAGACGCUUGACCCACCGUUCAUGUUCGUGGAGCGCCCGACGAUCGAGAGCAUCCCGUCCAAAUUGGCGUUCGGCAAGAAAUUCACCGUGCCGAUCACCAUUCCUUCGAACCUCAAGGCUUCGAACAUCCAAGUUUCAUUGAUGGACCUCGGCUUCUCCAGCCACGCUUUCCAUUCAAGCGCGCGGCUCGUCUUCAUGGAUGCUACGAUCUCCAAGGACCGCAAGUCUUUGACGUUCACGACUCCACCCAACGGCCGCGUGUAUCCGCCCGGUCCCGCCACGGUUUUCCUCACCAUCGACGAUGUCACCAGUAAGGGUCAGCAGGUCAUCGUGGGCAGCGGCGCUUCGCCCCCUACUCUCGAGUAG